GUUCUCCUGUUUACAUUUACUGCACUUUUCUUUCCUCGGUAGCUAUAGUAGCUAAAAUAAACCCUAUAGUAAAGUGUGUAGCCAUCUUCUAUUAGUUAGUUAUUUCCUUAUCUAGCACGAAGAGAUCGCGUAAGACCGACUAGUCAUAUCAGAAUCAAGUGCAGAGUGAUAACGCGCGCCACUCGCCAGUUGAACGUAUGUUUACACCACGAACAUACGAACAAUUUACCGUGUCUACUCCCAAACCAAAUUAAGUGACCGUGAAGAUAUUUAUAUUAGUCUACAAGUAGUUUUAAUGUGUAAAAAUGUGUGUGAAAACUUGCUGCUGUUGCCUAAGUCUUGAAGUAGGAACGCAAAUUAUUUGCAUUUUCAAUUUGCUGGUCCCGCUGGCGGAGGCGGGCUACUGCCUGUACGUGGCCGUGCACCUGCCGCUCACAGAGAUCAAGGUCACAUCUAUCUACAUCGUGCUCAUCGUGCUCGCCAUCUUCGAGCUCUUCUGCGCUGCUGUUUUCACUUAUGGCACUUUUAAGAAGCAAGCAAGCUUCCUGUGGCCGUGGUUGGUGCUGGCGUGGCUGAAGGCGGUGCUCCUGCUGGUGCUGUUCGUGGUGGGCGCCACCGUGCUGGCGCUACAACUGCAGCAGGGCGCCGUCGAGAUCACGCUCGUCGUCGUCUACAUCGUUUACGCAGUGAUCCUGCUAUACUUCAGCUGCGUGGGCAACAGCCGACGGCGCGAGAUCCAAGCGGACACGUACGCGCACUACGCGCCGCGGCGCACGCGCAGCAACUCAGCCAUAGUGCGCAACGUUUACGUGCCCAUGACCAAGCAGCUAGACGGCGCCUAGAUCACUAGUUUAUUUUAUUUUUGCUAGAUUAAUGCCUAAAGUGCGUUGGUUUCAUUUGUUUCCACCAUGUAAACAAACAUAUCAAAGUCACUGAAAUCUCGUAAUCUUCUCACAUUCCUCUGAAGUCUAGCUAGAUUUCGGCCUAGCUCUUUAUGAACAUUAUUUUACUGACAUGCAUAAAACUAAGAAAUAUUAAUAAAAUUAUACCUACUUACUUACUAAAUUAAUCAAUAUUAAGAAAUCACUGGAAA